UUAGGGCACUAACACUUUCUCCAUGCAAAACAAAUAUCACACCCCAAAAUUUGUGAGCCCUUUCCUCUUCCAUAUACCAAUAAUGGCAAUGGUCUUAGAUUUCUUUAUCUCAAAAUUUAUCACAGCCACAACGAACAUGAUGGAGACAGAGAUCUUUAAGGUGCUUGGCGUCGACAAGGAGAUCAAAGCCCUUCAAGAAAGAUUGGGGACAAUCAAUGGAUAUCUCCGACAAGCAGAGCAAAAGAGACAUGGAAAUGAUGAAAUUGACAUCUGGAUGCAGAAAUUGAAGGACCUCAUGUAUGAUGCUGAUGAUAUUAUUGAUCUCUGUAUAAUUGAAGGGGGGAUGUUAUUGAAAGCUCGAGCUUUGUCAGGAUCAUCGACUGUAAGCAUCCCUUUUAGCUAUCUCUUUUCAUGCUUUCAGUGCCUUAAAUAUCGCCAUGAUAUUGCCAACCAAAUUAUAGCAUUAAAUAGUAAGAUAGAAGAUUUGAAAAAAGAUACCGUCAUAAAAAAUAAUUUGGAUUGGGCAACCAAAGUACCAGUUGAAUAUGUUAAUAGAGUGAUAACACAUGAGACAUCUCACCUACAAGUUGAAGGAGAUAUUGUAGGAACUCAGAUAGAAACUGCUACUGAAACAUUAAUUAAUUGGAUAGUUAAGAAAAAUCCAAAGUGUAGAGUUUUUGGAGUUGUGGGAACAGGAGGAAUCGGAAAGAGUACUCUGGCAAGAAAAAUAUUUGAGGAUGAGCGGAUCAAAGAUUAUUUUCCAAAUAGAAAAUGGUUGUAUGUUUCUAAAAAUUAUAUUGAGAUUGAUUUGCUAAAAAAGUUAAUUAGGUUUGAUGAAGGAAGUGAAACCAAUGGAGAAAUUCUUGAAGGAAAAAGUAAAGCAGAAUUAGAAAAUAAACUUGUGUCCAUUCUCACACGGAAUACUUUCAUUGUGCUAGAUGAUGUAUGGAAUUCAUCUGUGUGGGCAGAUUGUUUAAGAAUACCUAUAAUGAAAGGUGCAGCAAGUUGUACGGUCUUAGUUACCUCAAGAAAAGAACAAGUAGUAACGUUAAUGAAGGCUACCUAUAUCUACCCAGUUGAAAAAAUGAAUGAUGAAAGUGGUUGGAAUUUGCUUAAACAUUUAGCGUUUGAAGGUGAAGGAGAUGAGGAUCAGAUAUCAAGCUUUGAAGAAAUAGGAAUUAAACUUGUCAAUAAAUGUGAUGGUUUGCCUCUUGCAAUCAAGGCUAUUGCUGGAGUUCUAUACCAACAAAACAAGGCAAAAUGGGAGGAAGUUCUUCAAAGUGAUGCAUGGAACAUGGAUCAGAUUAAGGAAGAACUUAGGCCUUUAUAUUUGAGCUACGAAGACUUACCGUCUAGUUUAAAACAAUGUUUUCUCUAUUGCUCUUUGUACCCUCAAAAAGAUAUGUAUUCUAAGGAGAUUGUUCAGUUUUGGGUCACCGAAGGUCUUAUUAUGGAUGAACAAGAUAAGUUGAGGAGGGAUCUUCCCACUGAAAAACAGAGAACAAAGGAAGAUAUCGGGGAGGAAAUUUACAGGGAGCUACUUUGUAGGAAUCUCUUGGAAGUUGAUGUAGAUUUGGAUAUGUCCAAGAGUUUCUUCUCUAUGCAUGAUCACUUUCGAUCUCUCGGCGCACAUUUAAUGAGAGAGGAAGGAAUUUUAUAUCGACAUGGUAGAGAAUUCAAAGUAGAUGAUAACAUUAAAAUUCGGCGGCUGUCAAUCUCUUGUAUGGGGCCUAAGCUAGUGUUACCAGCUCAAGUUCUAAGACAAGGUUGUUUGAGAACUCUAAUUCUCACAGAUUCCCCUAAAACCAAGACUAUCGAAGAUAGUGUGCUGCGAGCAUUACCGUGUUUGCGAGUUCUGGAUCUCACAAAAACAUCAAUUGAGAAGAUUCCAGAUUGCAUUGGAGAUCUACUACAUUUAAGAUAUCUAGAUCUCGAUGGAACAAAUAUAAGUGAGAUUCCAACAUCUAUCGGGAACCUUGUAAACCUUCAGAGUCUGAAUAUUUCAGAGUGUGAGUUCUUGGAAAGACUUCCCGUGUCCAUCACUAAGUUGCAUAAUCUAAGAUGGCUUGACAUGAGAGAUAGUCCAAUGCUCACUCAUGUGCCUAAGGGAAUUGGGAAACUAGAAAACUUCUAUAACCUCGAGGGAUUUAUGGUUGGUCAGAAUGGCUCGGCCUCUGAAGAAGGUUGCGAUUUAGAAGAGCUGAAAAAUCUAUCCGAGUUGAGAGUCUUGAGCAUUUAUAGGCUUGAGAGGGCGGAAGGAGGAGCCUCUGCACUUGCAAACAUGCCUUUUCUUAUGGAGCUUGUGCUGGGAUGGAAGCGACCAGAUGAGGAGGAAGAUGCUAAAGCUGAUGAAGAAGUAGAAGGCGAUGGCAAGGAUGAUGGAGAUGCAGACAAGGACAUGGGUGAUGGUGAUGAUGAUGGCUCUGGAGCAGAAGAUGAAAAUGAGGAGACUGAGAAAGAAGAUGAAAAUGAGGAGGAUAGUGAGGAAGAAGAUAAAGGAUGGAGUGAGGAGCAAAUCAGUAAAGCUGAGAGGAUAUGCAAUGAAAUGACUCAGCCUUCAUCUACCAUAUUCGACCUCCUCUUUUCUCAGUACCCCGGCCGACAGUUCCCGAUCUGGAUGCAAUCCUCUUCCUUGGCUGAAUCUUUUCCAAACUUGACGUAUUUGAAGCUUAUUAGGUUGCCAUGUUGUACAAAGCUCCCUCCCUUGGGUACACUGCCUCAGCUCAAGUACCUCCGUAUUGAAAGUGCAACCGCCAUAACGACCAUUGGGUCCCAAUUUCUCGGAUCAAGAAGCUCUGCAUUUCCCAAACUCGAAAUGCUCCAAUUCCAAGACAUGCCUUCAUGGGAGGAGUGGACAUUCAAUGGAACACCUCUUGCUGUGAAGUUGUUUCCAAUUCUCAGGACCUGUAAUAUUAUCGACUGCCCAAAUCUAAGAGCUCUUCCUGAGGGCCUCUGUCGAGCCACCAACUUCAACCAACUGUGCUUGCACGAAACAUAUGAGCUAGGUGAGAUCGACAACCUCGCCUUGGCUUACAGGCUCGAGGUCACAAAUGGCAUAGAGUUGAAGAAGAUUUCCAACAUCCCGUCAUUAAGAUAUCUUGCGGUGGAUGGCUGUCCCAGCUUGGAGUGCGUGGAGAAUCUCGGCAAGCUGCAGCAUUUGGCGUUGAUAUGUUCAGAGGAAACGGAGCAGCUCCCGCAGUGGCUGCUUGGCUUGAUCGAGCAGCAUAACAACACGGCAAGCACUCAAAGGAGUCUGAGGAAAUUCGAGAUGCAGUGCAAUCUGCAACUGCUGAAGAGCUGUUUGGAGGGCAAUGAGAAUUGGGACAUCAUCAAGCAAAUUCCCAAUGUCAAAAUCCAAACAUAUUCCAGCCAAGAGUAUAUGUUCUACACCAAGGAUCCCUACAACUAUGAUGCAAAGAUUCCUUCUAAUUGAGAUGGUGCUGAAAAAAAGCUUGCUUUCUUCAAUUGUACUGGUGAAGUUGUGAUUUGUAUGGUGCUGAUUGCAUUUGCUUCUUUCUACAUUUGGUUUGCUUACUUUAUAUUUGGUGAAGGUGUGAUUUGUAUGUAUUUAUAUUUGCAUUUUUUUCAAUUGUACUGGUGAAAGUGUGAUUUGUAUAGUGUUGUUUGCAUUUAUAAGUCUGUAUGUAUUUUCUCAACCACCUCUUAGGUUGAGAAGAAAUCCUAUGGCUUACUUGAACAUGCAGCAGGAUGGGCAUUCUCUCGGAGAAACAGGUCAAUUUGUAGAAGAGGAUUUCUGAAGAGCAACUGAUGGAUGGAAGAUGUGCAGUUGAUGGCUGAGACUAGUGAUGAAAGACGCUGUUCAUCGGCAGGAAUAGUUCGGAUGAAUGUGCCAGUUCUUCCAUUGUGCACACCCAACUAUCCCCACUUUGAGGCCUGCUUGCGACUGCAAUUGAGAUCCAAGCUUUCUGGCACUGCAACAUAACUAUGAAGCUGAGACAAGUUCUGAAGUGGAAACUGAGCACUUCUGACGACAACUUCAAAAGCAAUUUUACAAUUUACCACUUAUGAAUGAUGAAAAAGAAUCCUGGUUGGUCAUCAUAAGCUUGAGCUAAGUUGGAUUAA